GGUUUAAAUACUUGUGCUGGGUGGGUUUUCGUUCUGUACGCUUAUUGAGAGUUCGUGGUCGUUUGAUAUGGAGGCGGCGAUGAGGCAUCGCGUUUUAUACAAGGGAACUACCCCUCCAUGGAAAGAGACGUACCGGAAGAGGUGUGUUGAAAGACUGAAGAGCAACCGGUCUAAGCUCCUUGACAAGUUCCGUCAGGUAGGAGAGAAGCUUCAUUCUGAAAAUGGUGAAUCUGUCUUGGUGCAAGAAGUGAUGGAGGAAGAAUGGAAAGCAAUGCAGUCUGACAAUGGUGGAUUUCCAUCCCUCUGGAAAAAGGGGACUUUCUCACAUGCCCUUGGGAUUUUGCAGGAUCCAGAUGAGCUGGCAACUCUAGAAGAAAUUAAACGUGAACUCCUUGUAGAAGAACAAGCUAUGGUUGUGGAAAUUGAAAACAUUCUUCGGUUUGAGGAAGAAUGCCUUGAUUCUGUAGUUGGGCUGAAUCAGGCAAACCAGAUAGUGUGUCCAGUGUGUAAUCUGAACUACAUGACUGUAACUAGCUGUUUUAUUGUCUGCCAAUGUGGAGUGCACAUUAAUACAAGGUCCCAAGGCAUGAGCGUUGAAAAACUACAUUCGCUAUUAGAAGCAAACCUGACAGCACAUGGCUAUAACUGCUCGCAAGAUCCAAUUUUCUCUGUUGCUGUUGGGUUAGAAGGAAUGGCCAGUCUCUUCAUGAGUUGCCAGGCGUGUGACGCUAUGGCUGUCAUUGUCUAACAAGGACUCGAAGAUGGCGCCUCAGCUUUGGAAUUCCACAUGUGUGAUUUUGUAAUGUCUUGUAAAUUUUUGUAAUGUCCUGUAAAUAUGCUUUUUAACUCUUUAAAUAAAGCAUUUAAUUUAUAAAUUGCACAAA